CUGAGAGGAGGCCUUCCGGUGACCCACUUCCGUUACUUCCUGCUGUGGACUGUGGGCCUUCGCGGUCGGUGAAGAUGAGGAAAUUCUGGCCUAGACUUUGCUCUAUUUAACUAAGCCUUGUUGAAACUUGGGAUCUCAAGAUGGCUGGGCGAAAACUUGCUCUAAAAGCCAUUGACUGGGUAGCCUUUGGGGAGAUCAUACCCCGAAACCAGAAGGCCAUUGCUAACUCCCUGAAAUCCUGGAAUGAGACCCUCACCUCCAGGUUGGCUACUCUACCUGAGACUCCACCUGCUAUUGACUGGGCAUACUACAAGGCCAACGUCGCGAAGGCCGGCUUGGUAGACGACUUUGAGAAGAAGUUUAAUGCCCUGAAGAUUCCUGUGCCAGAGGAUAAAUAUACUGUCCUAGUGGAUGCUGAAGAAAAAGAAGAUGUGAAAAAUUGUGCUGAGUUUGUGUCUCUGUCAAAGGCCAGGAUUGAGGAAUACCAGAAAGAGCUGGAGAAGAUGAAGAACAUAAUUCCAUUUGAUCAGAUGACCAUUGAGGACUUGAAUGAAGUCUUCCCAGAAACGAAAUUAGACAAGAAGAAGUAUCCUUAUUGGCCUCACAAGCCAAUCGAGAAUUUGUAAACUUGAGUUGGGGAGAAAGCUGUGGCCCUCAUAUUAUAAACUCUGGACAUUAAAAAUAAUUAUAUAGUGCU